UCAGUGGAAGUGUUUUUGUUUGGUCAAGACUCAAGUGAUCAGUCGAAGAGUCAGUCCCCAAAGCUCAGGACACAAGUCUUUGCAUCUCUUUAUGAGUUGUGUCGCCUCUUAGCCUUCUCUGUCUGUUCACUCUUCGGCUUUCAAAUUUUUCCAACGAGAAAACAGAAGCUUGGUAAUGCAGAAGUAGUGUGAGAGACAAAAGAGGGGUUUUUGUAUUUGUGUGCUGGUAGCUGGUUGUUGCUAAAUGGCGCCAACUACAUUGAUAAGAGAGCUCAACAGUUUAAAGAAGGAUUUUGAGGAUGGUAUGGGUAUGGGAUCAGUUAGGCGGGGGAAGAGAGAGCGUGUGGCCGAUAGGAUAUUUGAGCCCAAUUCCUGCGGCAGUGCCACCAAGAAAAGAAGAAAGUGCAGUACUAAAGUUGAAGAACUGAUACCGGAUGAGGAUUAUGAGACAUUCUUGAGUUCUUUAGCUGACCAUGGCAGUGAUGUUGAUUAUAUUGACAAUAGAUGGGUGGAUGAUCGGAAUGGUGGUGAUGUCAAUGUAAAUGAUAGGUCUGUGGAUGAUGGCGAUCACAACGUUGAGGUUAGGCCUUUGGAUGAUGGUGUUGACGGUGGUGAUGAUGAGGAUCCUGAUUAUAAGAUACUCUUGGAUAAAUUGACGAAAGGUGGAAAGUCCUUCACAAACAAUAGGUCUGUGGAUGAUGGUUAUGAUGAUGAUGAUGAUGAUGAUGAUGUCCAUGCAAACGGUAGGUAUGCGGAUGAUGGUGGUGAAAACACUCAGUCUCUGGAUGAUAGUCUUGAUGAUGAGGAUCCUCAGUAUAAGAUAUUCUUGGAAAAGCUGAGGCAAGAUGGAAAGUCUUAUGUGUUGGAAGCUGUUGGAGAUAAUGGGAAAUCAGAAGUGAUCAAGUAUGAACAAGAAAAUGAGAUACUUGACGGGCCCGAUUUUGACACCCCUGAAACUUUGAAAAAAUCUCAGGUGAAAGAGAAGCCUGAUAUUCAAAGCACUUUAAGGAGGAGUAUGAAGAGAAAAUGCACAAAUUGCCUUAAAAAUUCUGCUCUUCCUGUGAAUAAAGAAGUGAUUGCGAGCCCAAGAAUUGUUAAGUAUGAUCUGAGGAAAGAAAACAGGGCAAUUCUGGAAAACAGCUCAAUGAAGAAGAAGAAGAAGAAGAAUGUAAAUGAGAAAGCUGCAAAUGGUAGCACACGGGGGCGUCCUUUGAAAAUACCCCCUGUGGAGGCUGUUCAUUUUACCAUGCAAGGAUGUGCAAAUGAGAAAGCUGCUAAAGGUAGCACAAAGGAGUGCCCUGUUAAAAGAACUCGUGUGGCGGAUCUCCGGUUUGCCAAGCAAGGAUGCAAGCGCGGAUUAGAAGAUGAGGACUACACAAAGCUUUUAAGUUGUCUACAGUUUGAUGAUGGUAAAAUGGUGUAUUCACCUCCAAAUGGUAGACCGGUGAUACUGGAUGAUGAUGGAGAGAGUUCACCUCCAAAUAGAAGUUUUACUUCAUUUACAGCUGUGGAUGUAGACAGUGGGCGGUGCGUUAAAACUCGUGAUGCAAGUCAUUCGCAGUUUAGGAAGGGGCUUAUGGAUAUUCUGACCAGGCCUUAUGACUAUGAAGAGUACAGAAGCCUCUUGAAAGAAGCGACUCACCGAAAGCCAUUGGGGCACGACAGAAAUCUGCGCAAUAGAACAAUAACCUGUCCAGUUGAGGGGAAACUCGCACCUUCAUAUCUAAAACAGCACAUAGUUCUGAGAAGAAAGAUUACGGCAGCUCGUGGUGACCGCCCUAGAGUUUUGAAUCUCUUGCGGGGAUUUUUCUACUGGCUGAAGAAUGUGGCCCAAGAUGAAAGCUUCUGUCCUUGGAAUGACUCGUCUUGUUUGAAAGUGCUGCCACCAUCUGAUAAGAAGGCUGGACUUACAGAAAGGGGACUUGAAGGCAAACGUAAGUAAGAGUUCGUGCACCAUCUUCAGAUUCCGAUGGAAACAAGUUUGACAAGUACAUUGGUAAGAUUUUAGUAUGUAGAUAAUUAGGGUUUAAAAUAGGCUCUGGUUCAGGAACCUUUCCCACUUUUGGAGUAGAAAAUACUAACCAUAUGUUAAAAUCGUAUUCGACUCUGUCUCCCUCCCUCCCUCCCUCCCUCCCUCGCACCCCCCCAUCCUCCUUCGCUCAGAGGUAUGCAGGGGAAGAAAUUAACAUAUCAGACUCUAAUUAAUAUAAAUAUUCACCAUCUUUUUACA